ACAGCGAAGGCGGAAGAAGACAAUUUGACUACUCUUAAUUGCAUUAAAUUAGCCAAUAAGGGGAUUGAGUCGAGCAUGUCAAGCAGAGAACUCAAGGCUAUACUUUCCGACAUAAAGAAAAUCCUGGAGCCAUGCGCCGCUAAGAUAAACGCAUCAACCGCGGGUGACAAAAGAUCCAAUUUGGCCACGUUAAGGGCUUUUAUGAAAACCUGGAGAAAGGGAAAACUUUCAACAGAUCGCAAACAGAAAGAGUUAUAUCUGGAGAACAUACGACGUCACUACACACGCCUAGUGGACGGAUUGGGCUAUCACCUGGACACCGCCUCUGGUCAAGAUCUCCUGGACAAACUCUACCAGGAUGGCAUUAUAGAAGAGGCUGAACUUGAGGCACUAAGGAAUACAGCGCAGAAACCACAGAGAUCCAGAAAAUUCCUCGAAAUACUGAAGUCUAAGAAUGUGAAGGUUUUCCAGAGGCUCAUCAAGAUCCUGCGACAAGACCCCCACCGUGAGCACUUGGCCUGUGCGGUAGAAGGAACCACGCAUCCCGAGCUAUCAGAUGGUGCUGACACCGACAGCGACAACAAUGACAAUGACGAAACUCAAGAGAGCCAACAGGAUUCCAGUCACGUGCCUGUAGUCACAAGAGCGGAGACCACACUUUAAGUCAAAGACUUAUCAAUGGCGUUUUUACAGAACCAAACAUUUAUUUUUAAAUAUUAAAAUAUGACAACGUUUAUACAAGACGAUUAAGAUUUCAAAGAAACUCGUAUGCCUCUUGCAAUUAAUUAACUAUACAUAUUCUCUCAUAACCCUUAAAAGGGCUGACUCCACUCUCAACCCCACCCCCUUUCUUUAGGAUAUGCAUUUUGUACAUAGUAUCGAGUUGGUGGUAUAGAAUUUAGAUUCUGGUAGAUUAGGAAACAAGGUGUCUUCGCUAGAUUCAUUUUAUUUUAUUUUUGCGAAAUUUGCACAAUGCGUCUUCCUUGAAUUGAUUUUUGCCUCUUUUAUAGAACUUAAUGUUAUCACCAAAGAUACUUUAAAAAGGUGAAACAUAUCAUCAGGUCUAAGCUUGCUGUUAGAUUUAAGACUACACGAUUCAUGGUUCAUGGAAUUGGAAUUUCACGAGUGGCACCUCACGGCGAUAAGAGGGUUAACCAUCCACAUGUACCCGUAAAGCCAUCAUAUGACUUAUG